GGCUCCUCUACACUUCCUCUACACACAGUCUCUUUGUGCCCUGUCAAGCAGACAACAAUGAAUCCUCACCAAUACCCAGAACAGGCUAUGCCACUGCAGCAGGGAGGCACUGGAGGGUUUCCAAAUCAGCAAGGAGGCCCAGUGCUUUAUCAACACACCGCCGUGAACAUCAGCACUGAGCUGCCUAAAGACCACAUCGUCUGGUCCCUGUGCUGCUUCUUCUACAGCUUGAAUUCGGGCUUCUGCUGCUGCCUCGGACUGGCAGCUCUCAUCUUCUCUGUUAAGGCCAGAGACCGAAAGAUGGUUGGAGACCUGGAGGGGGCCAGGCACUACGGCAAGACCGCGGCAGGAAUCAACAUUGCAUCCACAAUCCUGAUGUCUCUCCUGUAUAUUAGUGUCUUCAUUGCGGUCAUUGUUUUGCUUUCACAAGCAAAUAGCUAUUCAAACAAAUAUUCACAUUAUGGUUGAUUUCUUGGAUUAAUCUGCAACUGUAUGUUGUUGCAGUUUAUGCUUCUGUGCUAAAUGGGCA